CGUAAAAUUAUCGUACACACCGGAAAAUUAUCGUACGCCCCGGGAAAAAUUUGAAUUCCAAUAAUUUCUCGGAUGAGAUUUUCAAAAUCUGGAAAAAGAGUGCGAGUUCCAACUUUUUCAAAGUUGUUGACCUUUUUUUUUUUAGUCUUCAACUUCAAAACCCUAUCGUAAAAACGGUAAAAACGGCGUACCGCAGAGAGAAAGACUUAUUCGUACAGAGAUGAGAUCGUACACAAAUCGUACACAGAUCGUACACGGAUCGUGAUGGUGGUGGUUCUCGAAAUUUCGAUUCACUAUCCGAAAGUGAAAUUUUCCUUGUGCAAAAAUUCCCUUUGCUAAAUUUGAUGACUAAAAAAAAAAGGUCAUCAAGUUUUCGAUCGUACAGGUUGAAUUUUGGAUCGUACAAGGGCUCAAAUAAAACUCUACAUUUCAUGAGAAGUAAGGAAAUUUCCGGAAAAGUCAUCACUUCCGGUUCUGAUGAAAAGGGAAUCCCCUUCAGUGAAAACCCGUUUGUAUCAAAUGAACGCAACGAUGUUUUUCUGUACUAUUAUUAGUAUUGGUACUUGGUGCAUUAUUAGCAAUCGCUCAUUGGCUGAUACUUUAGUUCAGUUUCGCCAACGUUAGUUUUGUGAUGAAUAAGAAAUCUUAACAAGUGAUAAAAUUAAAUAACAAUCUUAACUUUUCUGAUAAAGAUAAUACGUGAUAGUUUAGUAACGUAAUUAGUAUCAUUUCUCAAUAAAAGUACUUUCAAAAAAUAUAUUUUAAACAAAAUAAAACAAAUUGUAUAUUACAAUACAAUAUGGGUUCGUCACAAAGUACUGAGCACAAUAUUCCAAAAAGUGCAUAUGAAAAAGCACAGAAAACUUCUACAAAAAGCAAUUUGAAUCAUACUGAACACAAAAUAUACCCUGACUUACAUAAACCAACUACUACAAGUAAUAUUGUAGAACCUAUCAAAACAAAUGUUUACUAUUCAAAAAAUGCAUCUAAUGUUACACACUAUCCAGAAGAAUUGGCAAACCACAUGCAAAAUAAAGAGUUUCAUAAUAAUUUUGUACAUUAUCACGGAAACUCUAGUGAAUUUGUUUCACCUCCUAAAGAAAAAUUAAUAAAACAAUUAAAUUUGAAUCAAGAGAAAGUAAAUAAUGAUUUGUAUAAAAAUAGUAAAGAAAUGCCUAGCGCACCACCUAGAAGUGAAAUUUUUUCGCAAUCUAUACAUAAACCUAAACCUCCAGCAGAAAUAAAAAACUUACAAGAGUUUAUAAAUAGCUGGAAUAUGUGGAAAGAAGAUAUGAGAUUAUAUUUAAUGCGUCAAGAUUAUAAUAAGAAAGAUUAUGAUAAAUGGGGUUUAUAUGUUUUAAAUUUCAUGGGUUCUAUUAGUCUUGAAAUAUUUGAAAACUUUAUAUUCAAUAAGGAUGAAGAUAAAAAUAAUUUUACAGUAUUAAUUGAUAAAUUUGAUGCAUAUCAUAAGUUUAUUACGACCGUUAAAUUUGAAAAUGAGAGUGUAAUAAAUUAUAUAAAAAGACUUAAGGACAAUUAUACAAAAAAUAUCAAAGAUAUCGACAAUAUGGUAAAGAACAAAAUACAAGAAGAAAUUGAAAAGUUUUAUAAAGAACGAUUCAUUGCAAUAGCUAGUUCUAAGAUACCAGAUUUCAAUUUUAAAAAAACAUUGAAAUCGUUAACGAUAACAGAAAUUGCUUUUCUAUGGGACUUAUGUAAUAAUUCCAUUUGGGAAGAAAAUAAGAUUUGUAAAUACUGUGGCAGGUUACAUCCGAAGGACAAGUGUUUUGCAUUUGGAAAAGAAUGUAACAAAUGUAAAAGAAGAAAUCACUUCAGUAAGUAUUGUCCCGGUGUAAUGUACAUUAAUAACUGCAGCUUCUGCGGAGGAGACCACGGAGCAAAGAGGUGUUUAGCAUAUGACGAAACAUGUUCUAAAUGUAACAAACUACAUCACUUUUCAUGGAUGUGUUCAAAAAUAAGAAUGUUACGGAAUUGUAAAUUUUGUGGUCUGGCUCACGUGAUGGAUAGAAGCAAAUGUCCAGCACUGAUAAGUUUAUGUAGUAUUUGUAAACAAACUGGACAUUAUGAUAUAAAAUGUCCUAAAUCGAAUGUUUAGGAGGUACAAUUAUGAAAUAAAAAUAAUGUCAAUUCUAGGAAAGAAUGUAUAAUUUAAAAAAAAAGAGAUUGUAC